CAAUUUUAUUCCACAUCACAUCCGCUGAGCACAGCGUAAGUAGUAUUUCUGAGCACCGUAAACAUUUUGAACUACUCCUACAUCUUUCCUACCUCGGCGUCAGUUACUCUAAUGAAAUCUGGUGUCCCAAAGGGUGAGAACUGCCUUGUAGAUAUGGACUCCAAGGCAGGGGAUCUCUUCAGCGCUGAGCCAGCUGAUGCUGCUGGAGCCGGAGGUGUCAUGGGAAACCUACCACUAAAGGAGCUAGAUGGUUUACCACCUUGGCUUUCUGCCUUGCCUCACAGGCUGUGGCUGCCCAAAGGCCUCUCGGCCGGUGUGGCCAAGGAGUGGUUUGACCGUCGCCGUGCGUCCAUCCGUCCCUGGGCUGGCUUCGUGGAUCACAGGAAGUUCACCAAGCCCCGCAACUUUGGCGAACUGUGCCAGAGGGUGGUGCGCAACUUGGAUACCUACAACAGCAACUACACCUUCAUCUUCCUUGGCCUCAUCCUCUACUGCAUUAUCAGCUCUCCCAUGCUGCUGAUUGCUUUGGCAGUGUUUUUUGGUGCCUUCUACAUCAUCCACCUCAAGUCCCAGGAGUCUAAAUUGGUCGUCUUUGGAAAAGAGGUGACCGGACCUCACCAAUUGGGUCUGGCGGGGGCUGUCUCUUUCCCUGUGUUUUGGUUGGCUGGUGCAGGAGCUGCAGUGUUUUGGAUCCUGGGGGCGACGAUGUUUGUAAUUGGCUCUCACGCUGCCUUCCGAGAGCUGGAGGGAGGAUCGGAAAUGGAGGAGCUCUUCAUGGAGCCUGUGUGAAGGGUUAGAGAUAGAGGACUCAUCUUUAUAUCUGUGCCAUUAUAGCAUCUGUGACAGCAUGGGCAGUGCCAUUUGAGGCUAC